CCAUCAUGCUGCUGUCCCGCGCGCGUGCCUGCCGUAGCUUGCGACCUGCGCUGCACCGAUAUCUGUCUACUGGCACUUAUGACGUCUGUGUCAUUGGAGGCGGACAUGCUGGCUGUGAGGCUGCUGCAGGCGCCGCGCGCACUGGCGCACGCACGAUACUACUCACACAAAACCCUGCCACUAUUGGGGAAAUGUCCUGCAACCCCUCGAUCGGUGGUGUAGGCAAGGGCACUCUCGUCCGCGAAGUCGACGCGCUAGGCGGCCUGAUGGGUCGCGUCGCAGACAAGGCCGGAAUACAGUUCCGCAUACUAAACCGGUCUAAAGGCAUGGCCCUAUGGAGCCCGCGAGCUCAAAUGGACCGUGUGUUGUAUAGGACGAAUAUGCAAGGAACGCUCAACAACUAUCCAAACCUCGACGUACGGGCGGGCAGUGUAUUCGACCUCGUCUUCGACGUCCCACCAUCCUUGAACGGUUCCCCAAGCAAGAUUGUUGGCGUCAAGCUAGACUCUGGCGACAUCAUACCGUGCUCGCAGGUGGUGAUAUGUACGGGCACCUUCCUGGGUGGCGAGAUCCACAUCGGCCUUAAGCGUUUCCCUGCGGGACGCAUGGGCGAAGCGCCGUCAAUAGGUCUCUCCGCCUCUUUGGCUGCAGCAGGCUUCAAACUCGGUCGCUUGCAAACCGGAACACCCGCACGACUAGCAAAGGACAGCAUCGACUUCUCGCAAAUGCCUGAGCAGCUCGGAGACGACCCACCUUCCCCCUUCAGCUUCUUGCAUAAAGCUGUGGAUAAUGCGGACAAUCGAAUAAGCUGCUUCAUGACCCGCACGACAUCAGAAACCCACCAAAUCAUCCGCGAUAACCUCCACCGCAGCGUACAUAUUCAGGAGACACGCAAAGGUCCUCGCUACUGCCCCUCCCUCGAAGCCAAAAUCCUCCGCUUCGCCAGCAAGACAAGCCACAACGUCUGGCUCGAGCCCGAGGGCUACGACUCCGACCUGAUCUACCCGAACGGCAUCUCCAACAGCAUGCCCGAGGACGUGCAGGAGGCGUUCGUGCGCACGAUUCCCGGUUUAGAGAACGCGAAGAUCGUGCGCCCGGCGUAUGGGGUGGAGUAUGACUUUAUUGACCCGAGGGAGCUGGGGGCGUCGUUGGAGACGAAGAGGAUUGGCGGGCUGUUUUUGGCCGGGCAGAUCAAUGGUACGACCGGGUACGAAGAGGCGGCUGCGCAAGGAAUCGUGGCGGGGAUAAAUGCGGGUCUUGCGGCAUUGGGCAAACCACCUAUGAUCAUCAGCCGCGCCGAUGGGUUCAUUGGCGUGAUGAUUGACGACCUCAUCGUAAAGGGUGCCGAAGAGCCAUACCGCAUGUUCACCUCUCGCUCCGAAUAUCGCAUGACUAUCCGGAGUGAUAACGCAGACAUGCGCCUCACGCCGCUCGGCCGGAAGGUUGGUGUGGUGGACGACGCGCGGUGGGCGGCAUAUGAGAGGGCGUGUGGAGAUGUUGAGGAGGUUACGCGGGUGUUGAAGGAGACGAGGUUGAGUCCGCAGGCUUGGGUAUCGCAUGGCAUGUCAGUACAGAGAGACGGCGUGUAUCGGAGCGGCUGGGACCUCCUUGGAUACCCCAACGUAUCGACGGCCGACCUCGUAGGUGCUAUCCCGCAGCUGGCAAACUACGACCCGCAGACGCUGGCGCGGGUGGAUAUCGAUGGUCGCUACUCGCACUACAUCUCUCGGCAGGAAGAAGACUUGAAGGACUUCCUGCAAGACGAGUCCUUCACACUCGACCCGCAGAUGGACUACGACGCUGUAGACGGGCUAAGUAGUGAAGUCAAGGAGAAGUUGGCGAAGGUGCGGCCGGCAACGAUUGGCGCCGCCCGUCGAAUGGAGGGCAUCACACCCAUCUCCAUCGUUCUUCUGAUGCGACAUGCACGGCAAAAGCCCUCACCAACGCGAGGCUGCUAUCUGCCUCAGUCUGAGACUGCACCCGAACCCAUCGCAGCAGCCGCUUGAGCUUCACCUUAUUGUUUGUUUCCCUCGUAUACUACCAUCUAUAUGUAGAUCUAUUGGACGUCCAGCACUUUCUAAUCGUGUAAUCAGAACUCCACUUUGCAGCCCUUCUUCUGGGCGUCGUCAGUGCCACU